AUGGCAGCAUUCAUUCUAAAGACCAGCAAGUGCAAAAUCUCAAUCCAUGAUCUUAACAGAAAUCCGAUAGCAAUAAUCCCAUUAGGGGACGCAAGAAUCAGUGGCAGCUAUCUGCGUAUAGCGCAUCCCAUAGACCUAGAAUUGCUUGAAACCAAUAUCAAAGCUAUUGUAAAAACAGCAGAAAGUAAAAUCAAAGCGAACCAAAUUCUAAGCCCGCUUAUUCAGAACAAGCUACAGAAAUUGCAUACCAUAGUUACAAAGAUUAAACCUAACCAAAGAAGUCGAAGAUGGGAGACGUUAGGGAAAAUAUGGAAGUACGUGUCUGGAAGUCCAGAUGCAGAAGAUUUGAAAAUCAUAAAUGCAACUUUGAAUUCACUAAUUAGCCAGAACGACAAGCAAAUCAAAAUUAAUAACGCAGUUGAUACCAGAAUAAGCAACAUAACCAAGAAUCUUCAUCAUUUGAUAAAUUAUCAACAGAACAUAACCUCAGAAACUCUAGAGGGUUUCGAUUCAGUAAAUAUAAUCUUUAACUUAGACGAAUUAAUUUACCAAUUAGAAGUCAUAGAAGAAGCUAUCACUCUGUCUCGAAAAAAUAUACCCAGCAGCCGCAUCAUCAAUCCCGAUGAGUUGAGCGUCGCCAAACAGUUCCUUUCACUGAAUGGUUUAGGAUCCAACGUUGUUGAUACUGUACUCGAUAUUGCCAGUGUGUAUGUCGUCUAUAGUAAGGAGAUGAUCAUAUACACAUUGAAAAUCCCAAGAAUCAAAACAACGCCAUACAAACUACACUACCUCGAACCAAUAAUUUCAAAAGACCUCAAGAUCCAACUCGAGGCAAAUUAUUACCUCGAAGGACAUAUUUCCUACACAACCAAGACUCCCUGCCCAAAAAUAAAAGACAUGUACAUAUGCGCUAGCUCCAAAAUGGAACCAACGACAAUGUGCGUUCAACAAAUAAUGAACAAACAAACAGCCUUUUGUCCGAUGGAGAAAACGUAUGGGAAAAAUCUGGUGAAACGGGUAGAUGAUGCAAACAUUGUGAUCAACAAUGCAGAUAUGUUGCUAACAUCUAACUGCUCAUCACAGGAACGAAGACUCCAGGGAUCGUUCCUUAUACAAUUUCAUAACUGCACUUUGGUAUUGAACGGAGAUGAAUACGCAAAUAACUACGUUGAAAUACAACCACAACCAUUCGUACCAACAACUGGGUUAAGGGUAAAUGCAAUUAAAAUUAUAAACCGUAUUCCGUUUGAGCUAUUGCAGGAACGGCAUUUCCUCCAGCAGCAGCGAAGUCCGUUCUAA